AUGUGGUGGCUCCACUUAGCGGUGCCGAGCUUCAUUGCUGUUGCUGCUGCUGUCGUUGCCGCCCUCUACUACACGAGCACUUCCCCCAAUGCACCGACAGCGUCAUACGAAGAAAAGCUCAAUGACAAAGCGACGGCUAAACAACGUGUUCGCUUUCUGCCAUCGAAGAUACCCGUUCUGGGCAAUACCAUUGACCUGCUGAUGAACGCGGAACGAAUGCACGACUGGAUAGCCGACCACAUCUUGUCGUGCCAUGGCGAGCCCUUUACGUUGAGGUUACUUGGCAAAGACGAUAUGAUGUUCAUUGCCAAACCGGAGCACAUUGAACAAGUGCUCAAGACGCAGUUCAGCAACUUUCCGAAGAGUCGGCACAUUCACGACGUUUUCUUCGACCUGCUGGGAGAUGGUAUCGUCAUUACGAAUGGCGAGACGUGGAAGCGCCAGCGACGAGUGCUUGUGAACCUCUUCAGUGCUCGAGCUUUGCGUGAACACAUGACGCCCUUGUCUCAGAAGUACGUGGUGCAGUUGCGCAGGAUAUUCGAAAGCGCGGCGGCGUCGGAGCAGCCAAUCGAUGCCUUCGGUCUCAUGCAAUGCUACACGCUCGAUGUCUUCGCCGAGAUUGGCUUUGGUACGGAGACAAAGUUGCUACAAGGAUGUGGCCAAGCGCUUGCCACGGCAAUUGAGGAUUCCCUUUACAUUGUUUCUGCGCGCUUCAAGCAGCCCGACUUACUCUGGAGAACAAAGCGCUGGCUGAAUGUGGGCAGUGAGAGAAAGCUGCGUCGUGCGAUUCAAGUCAUCGAUGAACACGUGAUGGGAAUCAUCUCGUGUGCGAUUCAGCGUCGUCGAGAACGACAAGAAGCGAUCGAGAAGGGCAACGCAGGCAGACCUGAUUAUGCUAAGGAUAUCGUGUCCAUUAUUUUGGACUCAAUGGAGUCGAAAGACCAGGUCGUUGAUCCAGUUGAGGUGCGCAACAUCGCUACUGCCGCACUGAUUGCUGGUCGGGACACAACUGGCGAUGCCUUGAGUUGGCUUCUCCACCUGUUGAGUGAAAACCCGAUCGUGGAGGCCAAGCUGCGCUCGGAAUUGCUAAAGCACUUGCCCCAGCUUGCCACCGAAACUGAGUACGUGCCAUCCGUGGAGGAAAUCGACACGGUGCACUACCUCGAGGCAACGAUCCGUGAGGUGCUACGGCUUUAUCCUGCUGGACCGUUGAUCGCCACGCACUGCAGUCGCGACACUGUGUUCCCUGAUGGCACGUUCGUGCCCAGGGACACGGACAUUGGUAUCGCAUUGUACACAACGGGCCGUCUUCCGACUGUCUGGGGAGAAGACGCGCUGCAGUUCAAGCCCGAGCGCUUUCUUGACGCCACGACGGGCGAGGUCCUGAAGAUGUCAUCGUGCAAGUUCUGCGCGUUCAGUGCCGGUCCGCGCAGCUGCGUCGGCCGAAAUUUAGCGUACCUGGAGAUCAAGAUCGUCGUGACCAACAUCCUGAGUCGCUUCCAUCUUGUGCCCGAGGCUGGUCAGAAGCCUGCGUACACACAGGGCAUCACGCUGGGCAUGCAGACGCCACUCAUGAUGCGCGUCGAGGCCAUUCGCGUUCAAGACUCCAGCUGUCGGUCGUAUAGCUUGAAACGAGCAGUUGGGGCAUAA